GUGUACAAAAAUUCCUCCACACAAAUAAAUAAAAAAAAACAUUACAGAAAUUAGGAAAUAAACAAACCAUUUCAGUAAUUUAUGUAAAAAAAAAAAUUGAAAUGGCAACAGAGGAACACAAAAAACUAGCCAACAUCAUCAAAGAUGUCCACGAAUCCUUGCGUGUUAUGAGCAAAGAAAUGGGCCCGUCUGAAGCAUGGGAACAUCAUUUGCAAAAUAAAGAUCGUCUCAAAGAAUACGCCGAUGCAAUGCGUAAACUUGCAUCCAUUUGGGAAGAAAAUUCUACCAAUGUCGAUCUCCUGGCAAGAAGUAGAAUCAAAUGGACCAUCGACUAUUGUAUGACAUACUUUUUAGCCGAUGGUAUACUCUUUGAAAAACGUGCCCGCGAACAAAGACAACUUGAAUUCCUCGAAUACGAUAUGAGUCAAUGUAAAUAUCAUCAAGAAACAACAAACCUACGAGUUCUAGACGUUGGUAGUUGUUUCAAUCCAUUUAAAAAUAUGGAAUACUUUGAUGUCACAGCGAUUGACUUGUGUCCAGCAACUGACACUGUCUUUCAAGGUGAUUUUUUAAAAAUAAAUAUCUUAUCUGAAGAUACAACAGUGUCACCAAUUGAGGGCAAAAUUGAAAACCUUCCAGCAAACUAUUUCCAUUGUGUUGUUUUUAGUUUGCUUCUGGAAUAUAUUCCGUCCUCUGAACAAAGACUUUUGUGUUGUUCGAAUGCAUAUAAGCUUUUGAAAUUCGAAGGGAUUCUCAUUAUUAUUACACCUGAUUCCCAGCAUGUUGGCAAAAAUGCAACAAUUAUGAAAAACUGGAGGUAUACUUUGGCUACGCUUGGAUUUAGUCGGAUUAAAUUUGAAAAACUACCUCAUAUUGCUUGCAUGGUUUUUCGAAAAUCUAUUGAUAUUCGAUUGCCACAGAUGUGGGCAGAACAACAUAAGGAGGCUUAUAUGACGAUGUCAAUCGAUAUACCUCAAGAUAGCAAAUAAGAUUAUAUAUUUGAAUUUUUUGUAUCUAAUUGUAAUUUAUGAAAUGUACAUGAAUAAAAGAAUUUUUUU